GGCCAAACGCCUUAAAAGUCGCGGAUUCAGAAGAAGUUGCCGAUCGUGUAAGGAAUUCAAGCUUUAAAUUUAGAAGUCAAUCAUUUCAAUGAGGUACCACCACGCUCUUUUACUUCCCGGAGCAAUCGCGAUUGCACUGCCAGAGAUCCCAACUGCGGAUUAUGGCUUAAGCGUGCAUUUCGCAAGGGACUUACUCGGUAUGCUCGCGGGCACUGCGGGCAGUGGCACAGACUCGCCUGCAACAUCAGACACGUUCCCUCUUAGCUCACCUUCGUCUCCUAUCCAUCCUGGUUUGAAAGAUCUCGGUGGCUUGUUCACAGAUCCGGUACUCCCCACGCCAUCCUCAGUGGGAAAGGUUGAUCCAGCGACUCCCACAAGCCUCGGUGUUACGUCGUCCACAGGCUCUCUAAAGCCUUCUCCGGAACAAAUAACACCUACAUCCACCACAAAGUCAGCAAGUUACCCAAAUACCUCAUCGGCCGCUAUGACCGAAAACGCGUCCGCUGACAAGAAGACCUGGAAAAUCAUUGGGAUCAUCUUCAUCGCAAUUUUGAUCAUAGCAAUAGCGAUUUCAUCCAGCAUGUUCUUCGAUCGCUGGUGGAAGGUUGCGCGAGAGUUCUUGUGCUGCAAGGGUCGAAGGAACAGUGGCAUCGAACAGUUCGUCCCUGACUGGGAGAAGCAGACCUGGGAAGUAAAACUAGGACCAGAAGAGCGUGAUUAUAGACAGCGAACAUCGUUUAUGUCUUUUCCGUUUGAUACGGGAACAGAUCAUGUGAAGGAGGAAGAUAUCCAUACGAUGAGAAACUCCGCGGACCACACUAUCCCUACCCUGCCAGUCGCGGUGCCACCUCUGUUACUCAGAGUCGUCUCUCCAUCAGACACUCGAGAGCUUCCUUGGGAUGCCGACAAUCUCCAUAAGUGCGCUCUUCACCGUCAACUUUCCGCACGCAGCGGUCGCCACGGAGACACGUACUGAGAGCGUGGAAUUU